AUUUAAUGGCUGCGUUUGGCGGUCGUUUCAUUGGUGAUGUCUGGAGGCGACUUUAUAUGACAUGUCAGCUGGGCCAUUAAAAUCGCAACACUGGCUUCACCAUAAUUCUCAGCUGGCUCCUGAUGCUGGUGUUACAUACGAACUUCGUUAUGUUGGCUCCAUUCCAGUACUUACAUCAAUAAAAUCUGUUGAUCUAAAUACCAGAACUCGGAUUUGUCGGUACAUCGUUAUUUACGGAUAUAAAAUGACGGUCCCUUUUUUCAUGUUUGACAGUGGUUUCUUGUCUUAUUUCGUGGUAUCAGUGUUUUUGUGUCCAGUGUGUGCAUCCAAACUCUUUGGAACAUCACGGCAUAUUCUGUGAAUAUAUAUUAUAACAUGCACAUUCAUUUGCAUAUUUUUUUAAAAAUCGGAUGAAUUUAAAUUUCCUAUUGACCUAAGUGGCGCCGGAAAAUAAAUGGAAUAAACAAAGCAUCAAUUCGUCGCGUAUGCGAAGAUGUGGGUUUAAAACUACCAAAUAGUCGACUUGUCGAUAAGUCAAUAAGACAUUUUAUUGGGCCAUCUACUGAUAUGACAUGGGCGAUGGCAAAUGUGUACCUAACAAUCACAUCUCAAACCCUUACCGUUGAGACACUUGAAAAUGGUGUGUUGUUGUUCCAGCACAAUCUUUUCCUGGUGUCUUUCGCUUCUGCUGGUGAUGCAGAAACUUUAGAUUUCAUUUGUUAUGUGGCUAAAACAGACCAAAAUACUCGUAUGUGUUAUGUUUUUGAGUGUCCGGGUGGCCUUGCUCAAGAUGUGAUCAUCACAAUUGGACAAGCAUUCCAAUUAGGAUAUCAGGAUUUCAAGAAUUCCAAACCACAGAAUACUAGAAAUGAGACAUUUUCAUCAACAAAAAUAACCUCUUCCGAAUCAUUAUUUCCUAAUCAUCAUCAUCAUCAUCAUCACCAAAAUGUUCAGUCAAAAGUAGUGACAACAUCUGAAAAUUCCAGUGAUCAUCACCAUUUUUCUCCGGUAAACAGUCCGAAUAAAUCGAUUUUCUCGAAAACUACACAUCAGGGAAAUUCAAGUGCGGUGGCUACUACUUCGUUACCGAAAAACACUGGAUCACCGACUCACAACAACAAUGGUAAUAAUAAUAAUAAUGACCUUACUCAGUCAGUUGCUUUUGACAACUUCAUGGAUUUCGAGGAUAAUGCAUGGUUGCUGGGAAAUGAAAUGUCAUGCAGUAAUCAAACAGAAAGUGGAGACUACAAUAAAUCGUCUUGUAGCACUUUUACCACCUCGGUUGAAUCAAAAACUAAUGAAGUUGACCAACAGCCAUCGAAAGCUCUAUGUAAUAUAACCGAAAUAGACAAUAAAAAAUCUGAUACGACAAAGACAUCAGUUGGAUUGUCUAGUUUUGAACACUUAGAACCUAUCGGAGAACCAUGGUAUGUCGGUAAAAUGUCCAGAUCACAAGCAGAGAAUUUACUACGGUAUGAUGGGGAUUUUCUUGUACGAGCUAGCAUUCAACAGCCUGGCCAGUUUGUUCUUAGUGGACUUCAAGACGGCAAAUACAGGCAUUUACUGCUAGCGGAUCCAAAUGGACAGGUACGUACAAAAGAACGUGUCUUCGACAGUAUCCAACAUCUUAUUGACUAUCACGUACAAAAUGGUGCUCCAAUUCGUUCUCUCGACAGUGAAAUAAAAUUAAUAUUCCCAGUAUCGACACAUACAUUUUGCAUUUCUUGAUUUGUUUUUUUUUAGUAUCGCUGAUUCUACUAACUAUAACCCCUUCAGUUUUACAUGACUUUGUUUUAAACAAUUCACAUGAGGCGGCGGGUGAUGAUGCACAGACACAUCUAAUAAUGAAUACAUCGAUGACGUGCAAGUCAAUGAUCUCACAUUUUAACUUCAUCUCUGUGAUCUACUUAUUUUAAUGCUGAUGAUUAUUUUAGAUUUUUGCUGUUUCUUCUUCACAUUGCUAUUAUUAUUACUAUUUUUUAUUUCGUAACAUUCCACACACAUAUACGGGAAAACAAAAGUUAUUUAUGUACAUUAAUAUUUAGCUUUCAGUGACUACUUUUCUACUCUGCUGCUAUCCUGCUGUCCUAUGCAACAAACAACAACGCAAAUAAUAAUAAAUAUCUGGCUGUAAAAAUUAUGAUUUUUAUCAUCACUAUGGGUUUUUCUUUUAUUUUUCAUUUUGCUUUUUUCUACUGGUGUUUAUUUGUUUUACUUUCUUUUUUUGCUGCGCAUAAAAAUUUCUUCUGAAAAAGGAACAAAGCUUUGCAUAAUUCAUUUUUACUUUACAAGUUUUCUUUUUCGUUUACAGUUUAUAAUAGUUAUAUGUGUGUUUUUAAGGAAAAUUCAGUCACAAAACAGUGAUAUUAUAGUGUGUGGGGGCAAUAUUUAAUUAUUGAUUAUUUAAUUAUACUCCAGUUUUCUCUCCUUACUAUAAUUUUUAUUAUUUCAUCUGUGAAAUACUAACUUGUUUAAAUCACCGCCUCUUGAUGAAACAAAACAAUGUGUUUUCUAAUAUAUACUGAUUUUAUAUACGCAUAAAUA